CCUUAUCCAGCCCCACUGUGCUCUCUUUUCUCCUUUGCAAAUUUAUAACUUGUCUUUUCUCCAUCCUCAUAAUUAUCUCACUUGUUCAUUACAUGCGCAAAAAAGCAUAAAGCAAAAGUCAAUCUCUCUCAAGCAUCCAAUGCUCUUGCUAUGUUCUACACUUUUACUAAACUAACCUAUACUUACAUGAAGAAUCAAGAACUGCAGCUUCAUUUUCUUGAUUUUUCUCCAUUUUUUUUCUGAUUUCACACACUUGUGUGAUUUGUUUUUGUUGUUUUGAUGGGAAAUAGAGGUGGCCCAUCAAACCAUCUAGGUGAAUUACUGCGUUUGAGGCAAGAAGAGGAUUCCGGCGAUGAUCAUCGCCGGAAUUCGAUUUCCGGCCAGACUUUGGGCUCUGUGAUCGACGCUGACAAGACGGAUUUUCCGACGUUGCUUGAUGUUUUACAGCAGGAGUCCGGUGGGAAUAGCAGGAAGAAAUGGAAGGGAUUCAGGGAGAAGCUCCGGCUCCGGCGCGGCGGCGCCGCCUGGUGCUCGGCCAGUCGUAUGCUCAUCUCCGACGUUGCAAUCAAUAAUACAAUAUUGACUAGUAGAAUGAUCAUGGGUCGGGGUGGAAUGCCGGAGAAUUUGAGCGGAACCGGCCGGAAUAUUGAUACUAGGUUGCCGGAAAAUGACGUCACGCCGGAGGUUACGGCGGCGACGGUGCCGGAGGACGGCGGAGAAGAAGGGCCGGCGAGGUUGUCAUUGAUGGCAUUACUCGAGACCGAAAUGGAAAUCGGGUUCGAGACGAGUUUUAUACCGAAUGAUGAUGUGACAGAGGAGGAUGAAGACGUCGAGGGAGGUGUUGGUGGUGCCGGAGAAGUGCAUGGCGGUGGGUGUUGUGUUUGCAUGGUGAGGGAUAAAGGGUCAGCUUUUAUCCCUUGUGGUCAUACAUUUUGUAGGUUGUGUUCAAGGGAGCUUUGGGUCAAGAGGGGAAAUUGUCCUCUUUGUAAUACUAAAAUCUUGGAAAUUCUUGAUAUUUUCUGAUCAGAUUCUUUGUUUUCGAUUUGUAUAGUGAUUUUAAGAUGAUUAUAAAUUCAAGAUUUGUUGUUUUGAAGCA